AUGAUGUCCGCUCGCUUCGCCCGCGCUGGCCUCCGUGCCACCCAGUUCUCCGCCCCUCGCGCCGCUACCGUUAACGGCCUGCGAUCCUAUGCCACGGCCCAGGAGUCCCGCGUUCCCGUUGCUCUGUUCGGCGUUGAUGGCACCUACGCCUCUGCUCUGUACACUGCCUCCUCCAAGUCUUCCGCCCUCGACCAGACUGCCCGUGGCAUCGCCAGCCUCGGCGAGGCCUUCAAGGCCGACAAGAAGCUGUCCACCAUCCUCAGCGCCCCCACCUUGACCAACGCCGACAAGAAGACCAUCAUCGCCGAGCUCGCCAAGGUCGCCGGUGCCGACAAGGCCGGUAUCAUCCAGAACUUCCUCGAGACCCUUGCCGAGAACAACCGUCUCGGCUCCCUCGAGGGUGUCUGCGAGAAGUUCGCUACCCUCAUGGGCGCUCACCGCGGCGAGAUCGACCUCAACAUCACCUCCGCUCAGGAGCUCGACGCCAAGACCCUCACCCGUCUCGAGAAGGCCGUCGCCAAGUCCGAGUACAGCCAGGGCAAGAAGCUCAAGGUUGUUGCCAAGGUCAACCCCGACCUCGUUGGUGGACUCGUUGUUGAGAUCGGUGGCCGCACCGUUGACCUUAGCGUUUCCUCCAAGAUCGCCAAGAUGAACAAGGCUCUUACUGAUGCCGUUUAA